AUGGCCACCUUCAAAGCCCUCAAUGUCGAAUCCGACCAUGAAGAAGACAUCGAGAUCGACGACACCAAGGAAAUCCAGAUUGAAGAAGCCCUCAAGCUAUAUCAGACUGCCCUGAAGUUUCACUCGGACGGUCCUCCCUCCUAUGCACAAGCCGCCGAAGCAUACCGUGCACUGUUCGAAUCAGACAUCUUCAAAUAUCCUGAGUCGCAACAAGAAAUAAAUCGACUCGAACUUUACGCUCCUCAGCCCGACGCGGAUGAUUAUUACUCUCAUCACCGAGAGCACAUUGUGCCAACUGGAGAAAAUGCUCCCAGCACACUGCCCCAAAUCAUCCAUCUCGCAUACAAGAACCACGGCCAGUUCCUGCUGGAGUCUCUACAGUACGAACUGCUGCACUCGACACAGGAUGCUCAGCUCAAUACCAACCGCAUCAUCAAGGCGUCCGCCGCCGCUCUGGAAUGUUUUGUUGAGGCCAUAGACAAGGAUGACUCGGACCUGGACCUGUGGAGACGAUCUGCUGCAGUCGGAGAAAUGCUGGGCAGCCACCGUAUUGCUCGUUGCUGUCUCGAAGCUGUGCUGGACGACGAUGCGCAGGGUCUGGACUCUGUCUUAUCAAUCCCUGGCAUCUCGGAAACAUUGGCUGGUCAACAGCUACGGGAGCUUGUUGUCAAAUUACAAGAUGAGCUGUCUGUAUUACAAGCUCCCCUGUCAACCAUGAAGAGACGACAACUCUCUGGCAUGCUCAAGAAGAAACUUGCCAACUACUCCGUCAUCCACAAUUACCAACAAAAGCAUCCUACAUUACCUACCUCGUCAAGUUCAGCACUUCGCUGUGUGCUCAGCGCUCCCAAAUCAUGGCAUGAUCUAGGUGACAUCCUUCUCCGGCACUACCUCGCCGAGCAGGCAGGUACGAUGUCGGCUCUGCCCGGUCUCGGCAUUUUUUUCAACUCAAAUCGUCAGUCUCCCGACGUGGAACAUAUCGAGCUUGACCAGCCAUCACCUCGUCAAGUGUCGGAUGGACCCCCUGAGAUGUCUUCACUGGUCGAUGCUCAGUUUCCUGGUACUGAUGGUGGUCAGCCCACCGUGGUCCCAUCCGCUUUCGCAGAGUCUGCAAACGCGGAGACUACUCCUCACGCGUCAGCUGUGACCGUUCUGCCUACACGCAAACGCUCAAGCGAUGCCGCCGGGCUGAUCGACAGCGCCUUUGCUGAGGGCGCGCGCUCGAAAAGCAAGCGUCUCCGUGCCAGAGAGUCGAUCCUUGAUCAGAGUCAGAUAGAAGAUGAAACCCUGGUGAAUCCUGCUCAAGCCGAUGAUGCGUUGGCAAAUUUGGAUUAUGUCGACAAUCAGCUCUUUGAGUCUCUUGACGAGCUCUUCGCGAGACUCAAUCUACCCAAAUUCGCCGUCUCACCCAAUGCUCGUAAGGAUCUACGCGAAGCUGCGACUGACACAGAGGCAAUGUCCCAAGGUGCGGACCUUGCUUGUGUGGAUAUGUAUGCCUUCCUAAACGACUAUUCUGACGAACGAGCGCGGGUAUUGCUCAAUGCUAACAGCGAUCUGGACACCACCUCUGAUGCUCACGUCAAGCCAAGCGGACGCUUCUCUGCUGCUCCUAGCACCCAAUCUCGGUCUGUCGACAAGCCCGAUCUGGGUCUCCGCGCCGAGCUCGACCGCUUCACGUCCCAUAUCAACUCAGAAUUUCUCCACAUCAACGACGUGCUCUACGAAUGGAUUGUGCAAUUCUUGCACCCUGAUCAUGCUCUACUUCUACGUCCCGAAUUAUGCGCAAGUACAUCAAGCUAUGUCGGCCAUACAUGGCCGCAAGAUUUCAAAGCUCUCUUGGUUCGUGUUCUUGUCACAACUGACACGUUCGUUUUUGAAACGCUGUCUGAGUUUGUGCUGAAGUGGGAUAAGGUCCUGCUCACAGACACAAAGAUGCAGCAGCUGGACGAAGCGUUGGCAUUUAUCGAGGUCAUACAAACUCUGUUUGAGCUGCAUGUAGAUGUCCAUUCGCUCGUAAAGGAACCCAACAGUGGUGUCGAUGCGGAUACUCUGCAGCUACAAGAAUACCGCGCUGAAAGAUGGGGUAACCUUGCGCGCGAUGCCAUGAACUUGCGCACCAGCCUAUUACAACAGCCGAGCUUGAAGGAUCAACUCAAUUUGCGCUACCUGUGGACCGUCACACACCACAUCAGCGUCUCGAACAAUAUCUCGCAAGAGCAUGUUAUUGCCUGUUGGUCUGAACUGAGGUCGAUAUUUGAGGCGGUCGGAGAAGCUGUCAUUGACCUACCAAACAACUCGGUCAUGCCACAGAUGUCAAUCGAAGCCAUUGAUAGAGAACUCUCAAGACUGACGACGCAGGACUUCUUCACCAGGGUUUUCGAUCCAACUCAGAAUGAUCCUACCGUAGUGAUCGAAGGCCUUGAGCCGCUUCUGGAGACAUUGCACCAGGAAGCCCAUAGUGACGUUAUCACCGCGCCUGCUGAGGAUGUUGAGCCUGCACAUUCUGCCUCGACCCCCUCUGAGCUUCUAAACUUUCUCAAAAACAGCAAUAUUGGCAUGCAAGUUUCCCUUUGGCAAAGACUCCGUGAGGCCUAUGAAACAAUCGAUUAUCAACCCAUGGUUGUUUGUUGCUACUUCCGCGUCAUUGAACUUUUGCUCUCAGAUCUCAAGUCAUCCUCAUACUCCGAGAAGACUGCCAACGAGCGCCAAACUGUUUUGCUCAAGUACGUGCGCCUCAUCAAGGACCUCAUCGGCAAGAUCAGUGCAUCUGUCAACUCCCACACCGAUGCUCUGGACUGCAUGGACGACGAGCGCCUCCAAAGCGCGACGGGCUGUUUAGUCGACCUGCAGAAAGUGCUACAUGCUUACACAUUGCUGCAAGAUGAGAUCAAGGUUGGUGCAAGACAAGCGCCCUCAACUAGCAAUGGCGCCCCACUCAAGUCUUUCGUCGCUGUGACAAAGGUCCUUCGGGAACUGCAACUAGUAUCCUGGACAUUGCUGUACAAGUUCUAUCGCGAGAGCCUGGCCCAAAACAGAGAGACUGUCGAGAAGCCCAAUGAGUCUUUGUUCGAGUUCUUGAGAGCGGUUCAUCAAGUGCUCGGAGCCCGAGAUAUGUGUGGUGGAGCUGAACGAGUGUUCCUCAAACUUUCAAAGACCGAAGUCCUUCGCUUCCGGAACGAGUCAGAGGAGCAGAAUGACGAUUUCGACCUCGAGUUCGCUCAAAUUCUCUACGACAUGUUUGGCCUCAAAUGUUUUCUCAACCCGAGUUAUGCGCUCAGGGAACACAACUGCAUUCACGAUGCUUUUGUUGACAGGACGUCUGGUAUGCAAGCUGUCGACUUGUUACUAAACUUGGCUGCCAGAAUCAAGACGCCAGAGCUGCCGAAACACCCUCUAAAAGAUACAAUCGAGAAGGUACACGGUAUCAUUGGACGCAAGAAACCAUCAGACGCGAUCCUUCGCAAUCGUGAGAUUUACAGAGCCUUCCUCAAGUCUCACAUCAAUCCUAUUGAUUUGUACAAAUGUUUAAGAGGAGAGGGCGAGAUUGAUCUGACGCCAGUCCCCGCUGAACAUGCCAUUCUAGCUGCCAAAGGCUGGUACUUCCUCAUGGGUCAGAUCUCACUUAGCAGGUUCAGAGCACAGAAGCGUAUAGGUCCUACCCCGACCGAAGAUCUCAACAUUGCAGUGGCAUUCUUUGUACAAGCUCUUGAGUAUAGCAUGGACGACUGGGAGCUCUGGUUCCGUUUGGCUCAAGCAUAUGACUCCAAGAUCGAAGAAGCUGUUUCGUGGACUGCAGAAAAGGUGAACGGGGACAUGACCGAGCUGGUGACAUGGCAACGAGCUGCCGUACACUGCUAUACCAUGGCUGUGUCAUUGGCAAUGCGCUCUGCUGAGCCGAGUGCAGAUACACAGGCAAAGUUUGGCGAGAUGUUUGCCGAUUUCGCCAUGAGAAUCUACUCGUCAUCCAGAGAGCCGUUCGGCAUGAAGGCCUUUGCGCUCGACGACCUUGAGAGAUUCCAGAGUCGUGCGACCAUCACGAAGGUUCCUCCGUUCAAAGCAUUGACUCCUUUUUCUGCUUUCAAGGUUGCUAGAGAACUCUUCCGUCGUGCUAUCCGCAUCAACCCUAACAAAUGGAAACUGCACUUCUAUCUCGGCAAAUGCCUGUGGAAGAUGUAUUGCAACGCUGCGAGGGACGCUGAUCGCCCCCCCAGUAUCGAUGCCAUCAUCAAUGAGUUUUGCGAGUCUAUCAACUUAUUGCCGCCAAAGAAGGACUCGAAGCGCGAACCCAUUCUCGAGCCUCACUACAAGCUCGUGUCUGUGGUAAACAAGAUGGUCAAUAGACACUUCAUCGACGCUGCUGAGGCAUGCAGUAUUCUGACCGCUACACCCUAUGCUGCGAAGAUCGAUCCUGUCUCCGACUUUGACUCAUGGGAGCCUUACAUGCUCAAAGUACUUCGGAGUCUUCGUGCGGCAGAUAAGCUGCAUUGGCACCAUCGCAUGAUAUACAGAACAGCUGCCAUACUCUUCCGUGAUGGUACCAAAGAAUCAUACUGUCUAGCCGCGAAACAUGAGCUUAUGCAGCAAAUGUUUACGAAGACUAUGAUGAUGAAUGUUUGGAGACCCGAAAACGAGCGGUCUGGCCGUCACUUUGUCUACACGACCAGAUAUGCCGACAUGUUCAUCAAAAUUCUCGAGUUUCUGGAAGAUCGGUCAUUGCUCGAUGCGCUUGCACGUAGAGUCCGCAAGAAGACCGGAGAGUUCUUCGAGCAUGGCAAUCUUUGGCAGUGUCUUUGUACUGCCUAUCUAAAAGUGCUUCGUCGCCAUGGACAGAUUCCUAUCGCUCAAGAGACAGCCAUCUUCAGCGGUAUUAACCAUGCCGAUUUUCUCAGACGCAAAGACUAUCUGGAAAAAUGGUGUCAAGCGCCUGCGAAUGCCACCCAUCCUGUGCUGGAAACCAUGCAAGAAGUCAUCGAGCUCAAGAAAAUCAACGGUGGCUUGAUGAAGGCAGCAACAAUCGAUGACUUGAUUGGAGAUGCGUACGCAUAUCUGUACGAUACAGUAGGGCGGAGAUUGUGGACAAUGGAAGAAGCGAAAGACGAGGCUAUCAAGCAAGAGGCACUCGCUAAGGAGCAAGCUGCCACCCCUUCUGUGGAACGAAAUCCUAUGAUGAAUCUGUCACACCUCAUGAACGUGGAUGGUGCACCUGAUGCACCCGCCAAACCCCUUGGUCUUUCUGCUGCUACUUCGGUGCCUGACGGUACCGCAACACCACCGACAGGAGAUCAAGCACCCGCAUCACGUCGCAAAAUCGGUGUGGGCAGACGGGAAGUUCGUCUCUGCGCUGACGCUUGUAUUGCCAGGCUUGGCGCCGGGCCUACGACACCAGCCGGUGCCGGACCCGCUCGGCCGCGCCAGGAAGUCUCGGUCGUUAUAGAAACACGACGUCCGUCUUCCAAAUUGGCUGAGCAGCAAGGUAUCGACACGGCAGAAGGCAGCGUCGCAGGUAGUAUCCACGAUUCGGCCGAUGACGAGAGCGAUAGUGAGCUCAGCGAUAUCGACGAGGAUGUUGUCAACUCUGGCCUGGCUUCCAGUUCUCACGCCUCUGUCAAGCCUCCGAUGUUUCCAAAUCUUAAUCCCCGUUUCGCGAGUGUCAAGGAUAGCGAGCUGAUCACUGAUACUGAGGAGGAAAACGAGGAUGGCAUUGCAGGUGCCGAAGAAGCGGAGGACUAUGGCGAAGACGGCGAGGAGGGUGAAGAAGGUGAGGGUGAGGACGACGAAGCCGAAGACGAAGACGGUGAAGAAGACGAGCCCGAAGUCGACAGCACAGCCCAUCUCGAGGACGUCGAACACGAGGCCGAAGAAGCAGAAGAUGUGGAUAUGGAAGAUGAAGAUGAAGAGCAAGACCCAGAUCCAGGACCCUUGGCCAGCCCCGAUGUACGUAUGGCAUAG